AUGUCGGCCCCGCGCGGCGUCACGUCGCAGUCGGCGAACGAGGUCGACCGUAGCGCCCAGCGAGAACAACCACCUUCUCUUGCACACCUUCCUUGGAACAAUCCCGCCGUGACGUACACACCCGCACACUACACGCGUCGAAAUCUGCUGCAGGACCGGCUUUUGCAGAGCAACGAAUAUCAUCGCCGGCGAGUCAGGGCAGUCAUUGAGUUCUCCAGAGACUUGUUGACGCAGCUUGGACAGAACCAGGACGAUGACGACCUGAUACUAUACAUGAUAUCCAAGGAUCGCCUUCACGACGCAUGGAUUGAUAUCUUCCUUACAACGCCUGACUGCUAUCUGCAGAUGGCACCAGCUGAUGUUCAAGAAGUAUAUCAUGAGCAAGUCAAAGCAAUGUCAAGUGGAGUAAAGAUCAACGAUUAUAUCUUGGGUCGACCGAGAAAGCGAAAAGCUUCCGAAACCGAGAACGGGGUUCAGGUACUUCACACAGCUAAUGCAGUCAACAAUGCAGAAGGACAAGUGCCUGAGUACUCGGGUAAGCGACCCCACCACGAGAUUCCCCCACUGGCAGAUGAAUCACAGUCUCAGGAUCACUUGUCACUGCCCUCUGAGACUCUACUUUCAGCUUGCUCGUCGCAGGAGUUGGACCGCAUCUUAGACAUGUUCAUGCCAGCUCUAAGCGCUCAAGCCGCUAUCCCCACACAUGAUCCGAUAACGUCUGCGCCAGAGCCGGUGCUCAACGCGAUGGCAGUCGCACCAGCAGUGGUAGUAGCACCUCCAAGUCAGCCCGCGAUCCCGGUAGCUAUCCCUCCAACAGGCGUAGCCCCCCAGCCUGGCUUAGCGGACCCCAUUGCUGCUUACAUGGCUAGCAACCCCUCCAGGAACACACAAGAUAUUGCCGGUCAGGGAUGUGCAGGCAUUGCAAUGUCCCGUGGUCAGAUCCGUGCCUUUGUCGAGAUCCAAGGUAGACCAUUGGCAAGCCUUCCACCCGCGGCCAACUCCCACCAUCGUCAUGAGCUGAGGGGUGUGGCUCCACCAAAAACGGUUGAUCCUACUCUGAUCAACUGUGUCACGACUGCGCAGGAAAUACUCACUUUUCUUCCAUUUCAGACCGUGAACUACGAGCUAUGGGACCGCAUUCGGAAGUCCUGGGCCCCAAAGGCGAUCGCUGACUUCAUAGCCUAUGUUCGUCAGCUACGCUCAGGUAAGAGCUUCCACCGGACGACCUUCCACCACUAUCACGAUAACCGACCGGAAGACAUACCAGAGCAUACUUUCACCACGAACGUACCUUCCAACAUGUCACCGAGAGGGAAACUGGACAAAGAUGCCCGCACCUGGCCUCUUCACGACUACUUCCUUUACCAUCUGGGGGACGGAGUAGUGCAUUACCCCGCUGGUCGCAACGCACAGCUCAUGACGCACUGCGUUUGGCAUGUGCGUAAUGUAUCCCAUGACAUGGAUGCCAAGAUGUCGGAGAUCGUCCAAUAUGCAGCGAAGCACGGCAUAUUCGUUCCCGCUGCGGAUCUGAUUCAGCCGGACACAAACGUGGUAUUGGAAGACACGCCUUCGCCGGCCUUCCUUGCUAUGAUCCACAACCAUUUUGUGAGCAAGUAUGGUAAAAGUUCUGGUGGUAUCUAG